AGCACAACCACGGUAACCCUGACCUGGGACGCAGCCCCAGCCCCCGUGGGCUACUAUGAGAUAAUCAUCACACCUCAAGGGGGUCAACCAGGGUCUCCACGUAUGCGCCGGGAACCACAGGGGUCAUGUUGGACAACCUGGAGAAUGGGGUGACUUAUGGUUACACAUUGAAGAAUGUUGUGAACACGGGAAACAUUGAGGUUAAGAGCGACACCUCCGAUCUCAGUCUUGUGUUACCAGCUGCAACUGGGCUCAAUCCAGAACUCGAGGCGAUCACCGACCACGGCAUGCACCUUGCCUGGUCUCCCAGCACAACCCAGGGAUUACAGAGCUACCGAAUAACCGUCUUGGACAACGCCGGCAAUGCGGUACUCGUCAACGACAUCCCGCCCACAGACAGCUCUUUCACUCUGGUGGGUCUUACCGAAGGCACGAGCUACGAACUGGUCCUGGAUGAAAUUGUAAAUGGCGAGAGCAAGUAUGCUGGCGUGGCUAAUGGUAUCACAAAAACACCACAGAAUGUGGAGUUAAACGGUGCCUCCGCGCACACCAUAACGGUUUCAUGGAACACUGCCCUCACUGACACUGCGGAGGGAUACCUUGUCAACGUUAUCAGCCAGGACGGAUCGUACACAAGCCUGAUCCUCGUAGACGUUGCCAGCGCCGCGGCACCGUAUACGAUAACGGGGCUGCCAUCCGGGCUCGCGUACGAAGUUGGGGUGGAUGCAGUUUUUGCGGGAGCGCGGCUUCAACUGGGCGCCUUGACUGACCCAGCAAAUACAACUGCACCAUCCCUCAUCCCCAGAGUGGGCGCGAUUACCAAACACGGUAUACACCUAACAUGGACACCGAGCACAGCAUCCUCUCUCGGGGGCUACCGGAUCACUUUGCUUGAUAGCACGGGCAAAACCGUUAGGUUUGGUCCGUUUGGAGCAAGUACUACGUCUUUAACUCUUCUUGGCUUGACUGCGGGUUUGGAGUACCAGGCUACCUUCGACGAAGUGGUAGGUGAGGUCAACACGUUUGCCGGAUCUGUCGAGGUAACCACGAUGCUUCCACGGAACGUUGUGAGUCACGGAGUGACUGACCGAACAGUGACUGUGUCCUGGGACACCAGCCUCUUUGGAGCCGCUGAGGGAUACCUGAUUAGCGUCAUCAGCAAAGAUGGAUCAUACACGAGGCUUGUCCCUGUCGAUGUAGCGUCGUCUGGCGAUCCGUACAUCUUAAUGCUCCCGAAGGCAAAGAUCUAUGAAGUCGGUGUGGACGCAGUGAUCGACGGCCAGAGAGUCGCGUUGGGUGCGCUGGCAGAUCCGAUCAGCACUGACGGCCAACCCAUGGAAAUAUCAGUUUCCGUCGCUGCUGUUGGGACUGAUAUGAUCCAAGUGAUGUGGGAAGCUUAUGACGGUGCGACCUAUUCCCUCCAUAUCACCAACUUAGGCAAUGGCAACACUCGACAAAUCGUGUUGCCCAGCCAGGCGACCACAUACACCUUCCAAGAACUGGUUGCUGGUCAGCCAUACAAUAUUAUGCUGAAUAUCCAUCUCAAUGACUUGGACAUGCUUAGUGAUUCGAUCAAUGCCACCACAAGACCCUUGCCGCCAACCGAUGUCAAGAUUCGGUCUUGUGGAUCGUACACUCUCAUCGCGUGGGGACCUCCACCCCACAUACCCAGCAACAUCUACAAUGGUUACCGGAUUGGUUUCGUUGAGAUAGACGGGACGAUGACCGUGAAGGAUCUUCCCGUAGGCCGCACACGCCUCGAUCUUCCUGUGGGAUACUCUGGCACGAAUAUCUGUCUGUCUACGAUAAGUGCAGGCCGAGUAAGCCAACCUGAUCCGGCAGGUCCUUGUCAGAGCAUCCUCGAUUUUUAGUUUGCACUCAUUUUUUGUUUAUAUCCCAAAAGGGUUGCUGUAUGUUAUUGACCGUAAGAGGGCGCUGUAUAUGACGCCAGUUUGGGAUUACGAUGUGUCGCGUCUAGUACUCAGCUGAGGUAACCUAACUUAGAGAAAUUCAAACAAUUUUUGUUUUUUAAAGGAAUUUUCCAAGAAGUGCAACAAUCGUCCUUAGUAAAGAAUAGCAAAAACUUGCUUGUCGGACUUCAAAUGAAAAUUAUAAAAAAAGUGCGUUAUUAUGUUUAGAAUAUGCUUUAUUCCUAUUUCCUUUGACCGCAAUGACUUUGAUCUUGCUCUCAAAUCGUGGUAUUUUAGGAAGCCCAUUCUACUAAAACGAUUGUGAUUGUGGCUAAACAAAUGUGAUGUUAUUUUAAGAUAGUUAGUCAUUGCAGAAAGUCAAUAGUUAUGUAUUAGGACAAUGACGCAGGUUUACCAGUCAGUAAGUAAAUCUGCGUCGGUAAGUUGGGGUGGUGAGGGGAUUGACCAAAAUCCUCAAAGUUUCCUGGCAGGGGUCGGGGUGGGGGCGGGAGGCUCGACACCACAUUACAUGAGGGGCACGGUUCAUGGUGCAAAUGUGCAUCUUAUGCAAAUGUGUGCGCUUAGGCACAUGAAACGAUUUGUACUCUUUGUUGUCAGUUUUUCAAAGCUAUCUUAUAUAUUUGAGCUCUAGGCAAGUUACUAGACAAUAUCCAAAUCGUCAUUUUUGUUUUGUUUCUCGCCACCCUGAAAAUAAGGGAGGGAUGAUACAAAAUGCCCCAUCCCCCGUCAAAAAGUGUGGGGUGGGUUAUCCUUCCCCUUUCUUUGGAUGUACGCCCAUGUUACGAGUAUCAUUGAUUUGUUAGUGAUCUUGUGGGACAACUAAUCUCGCAGAGCACCCAAAAAAAUGUGUCACUAAAAAAAAGUACUUUUCUUAAACUGAAGCUGAGAUGGGAUGCAUUUGCGUUUAAUACUCAAACUGAACUGUUUGUAUUCGGGUUUCUCGUUGAAUGUUAUAACUGAUAAAGUUCAAAUGAUUAAUCAGCAACAAAAUGUGUGAGCAAAAAUUCAAAUAUCCAGGUGUUUGCCAAAUGAAUGAACACGAUAAAGAGAGGAAUGUUUAAAACAGACCGAUAUUCAACAAUGGUUCCUGGUGUUAAGGUACACGUUGCGUUAUGUCGUUAUUUCGCGGAAUCCAAUAAUCUUUUCCCUGUUCCUAAGCACGUAUUUUGUAAUUUGAUUUUCUUUACUUUUUAAAAAAGGUUGUUUAUUCCUUAGCUAAAGUUAGGUCUUUUGAUACUUCAAUGACUCGUUGUUAUAAUCACUUAUUUUCAAAUGUGAGGCUUUGAUCAAAUAAAGGUAGUAAGUCCACUUUCUGAAUUUGUGGCAGACGUUCUUAAAGAU